UGGUAGCCGUGGCCUGCGGCCGGCUCCUCUCCGUCUGUACCCUCCGUGCGGCCUCGUUCCGUGUAGCUCAGCUAUCAACUCCUCGUGCCAGUAACAACAGCAGCAGUUAAGUGGCACCUGAGCACCGUUCGCUUUGUUAAUUGAGGUGCUAUUUAAUUUUCCUUUUUACUACUGGUCUAGUAGUGUGCGUGUGAAGUGUGCCUAAUAAGAAGCAACAGCCAUGGAAGUCGGAUUUCUCUUAGAUAUUGGCAAAAGCCUUCUGGCGCAGGCUGCUGAGAAUGCAUCUGAACCGGAUUCCGCCCCUGAAAAAUCGAAGUAUCAGGCAACAACCGGAGGGAUGGUGACAGCAUAUGCUAGCAUUCUAAUUAUGUCGAUUUUACCAAUCAUCUUCGGAAGUUUCAAGUCCGCUCAAAAUCAGAAGUCGUCGAAGGAGUCCGGUGAACAAACCGAAACUAUGUCAACUAAGGAUGCAAUGAUGUUUCCCCUAGUCGCUUCGGGUGCAUUGUUCGGCCUGUAUGUGAUAUUUAAGAUUUUCGGUACCCAACACGUCAAUAUGCUAUUGACAUUUUAUUUCUUUUUGAUCGGAGUUCUAGCGUUGGCACAUGUAACAGCACCAAUCUUGCGUCACGUCAUCAACGAAAAACUCGUUCGCAACGAGGAGUACCAUCUCCAUAUGCAACGUCUGAAGGCAAAGGAUACAGUGUUCGAAUUGGCAUUCGAUCACUUCGACCUAAUGGCGUUAGCGUUUGCGUGUGGCCUGGGGGUUUGGUACCUGCUCAAGAAACACUGGAUUGCCAACAACGUUUUCGGGCUUGCCUUCGCUCAUAACGGCAUUGAGCUUCUGCAGCUCAACUCGGUGGCUACCGGCUGCAUUCUCCUUGGAGGAUUGUUCGUCUAUGAUGUGUUCUGGGUUUUUGGUACCGACGUCAUGGUGACCGUCGCCAAAAGCUUUGAAGCCCCAAUCAAAUUGCUGUUCCCACAGGAUUUCCUUGAAGUGGGAGUGUGGGGAUCGCACCAUGCAAUGCUUGGCCUAGGUGAUAUAGUCAUUCCUGGCAUAUUUAUCGCUUUGUUGCUUCGCUAUGACCUGAACAAAGGUUCUGGCUCGAAACUUUAUUUUAUAGUAGCAUUCAUUUCGUACGUGAUUGGCCUACUCAUCACCGUCAUCGUCAUGACCGUUUUCAAGCAUGCCCAACCCGCGCUGCUCUACCUAGUCCCACUGUGCGUUGGCAUACCCCUAUUUACUGCUUUUGUAAAGGGUGAAAUUAAGGAGCUUUUCCUGUACCGCGACAAUCCCGACGAGGAGACGGCCGCUGUUGUGCAGCCUUCUCAGGAUCAGAAAACGGUCAUUGCCGGAAAGGAAUCGAGUACAAAGAACAACUCUACCGAUGGAGAAAAGAACGGAGUCGCCACUCGUUCGAAAGCGAAAAAGGACAAUUGAAGUGAGCGGUACUCAUCGUUAGGAGAACUUAGUCCGAGUAUUCCUUUCUGAAUUAAACUACCAUUGCAAUUGUAUUAUACGAUCUUGUAUCUAUUGAAUGGCCGCCGGCGUCAUUGGAGUUGAGUCACUUGUUUCUAAAAUUUGAUCGAAAACAACGAACGCCAGACAAUAUAUAUUGUUACAUAUUGACAACAGCAGUUUUAUAGCGAUACCUAAGCGUUCGAGUACUAACGAAACGACCCCGGACUCCCACUGCUACCGAGCCAAGGACGUCGUCGAAGUAGCAUAAAAGUUACCAUUUAUUAAUAACAUAUAAUCUAUGCUUUUACUAUAUAAUUGACAUCAUUUACAACAACCAGUAGUAUAUUAUUAGAAACGAUUGCAACUGUUAUCGUCAUAAAUGUUGUAUAAUUUGCUCAGGAUUAGUAUACAUAAAUGGAGCUAGAUGCAUAAGUAAGCAUAUGUAACACUUUGAAAUGCGGCAAAGCGUCGACGACAACGAGAGAGAUCAAUGUUUAUAACAACAAAUACGUACUCCGGAGAGAACUGGAAACAAUAUAUGAUUUGUUGCUGAUCAUGUACAUGCGAAACAAAAGUGCUGUAUGGUGUCACCUUGAUGAGGUCGCGUUCUCCUCUGUUGCGGCACAUGUCAGUCUGCCACGGAAGCUCGUCUGAAGAGUAUCAGAUAGCUGCGAAAGCCGCGCUUUUUUUUUUUUUUUUUCAGAAAAUCAAUGGCAACAAUAACGAAACAAUACAUGUUCUUGAAUGUACAUACACAUUUAGGUUGAAAUAGGUUGAAAUAAACGAUAUUUCCAAUCAGGCAAUAGUUUUAUAGCUGAUUUUUGUCUAGAAUCUCUUUUCCUUUUCUUCGAUCAGUAUGCUUUGAUCUUUGUCAUGACUUCCUAUUUCAUUUUGCUUUCAACGUGCCUAACGGCUCUUGAAAUUUAAAAGCAUUUCGACAAAAUUGUUGGGACCUGAUCCACAGGUCGGUAGUAUGUGCUUAGUAAAGGCGGCAGAACCGAAUGUGUAUCGUUAAACAAAGUUAGCAGUUCCACCUAACUAAGACUAAGACCAGGAAUCAAUAGCAGUUAACGUAUGUUUUACUAGCCUGUAUGAAGUUUAGAGUUUUUAUUUGCAAUCUAUUGUCUUAAUCUGCUUUUACUCGCAACAGGUCGCGAUGUGAAUGUUGUCUAUUUAGGCUAGAUAGGUUGCGUUGUGUAGGCGUAUCUGACGCACAAUGUUUUCAGAUGAUGUCAGAGGGGGCCAGUGAGUGCGGGACGAAGAUGUCAAAUGCACACACGCCAGCCCAGUGCGUCUUGAUAGGAUUCGUAAACUAAUGUAAAUACAUAUAUUUUAAUACACAAUAUAUAUACAUAUAAUAUCGCGGAACUUUUGUCUAGGUCAUAAGUAGAGGGUCAGUUUUCGGCAGUAUAAAGCAAAGACAAAAUCUACAACAUAAAUGCCAUAACGACGAAGAAGCGAUAAAAGAAAUUAAGAAAGAGGUUGCAACGUGUUGCGAUCAAGUUAAAACAGCGUAGGCGCUUGUUUAUAAAGCUUGGCGAAUAAGUGCGCCGGCAGUUACGGCGGCUUAUAUAUGUACAAUAGUUUGUUGGAAGAGAACGAGCGUCAAGGAAUAAAACCGGCGACUUUGAACGUUUCUCGUUAUCCGAAGGUUAACACGAGUUUCAAGCAAAUGGAAACAAAAGCCUUUUUAAUGUUCUUCCAUUUUUGGUGACGAUCAUUAAUGAAAAUAUCAGUAUUUUGUACGUUAUGACCAUAAGCGGUGUUAGCUAUAAAAUAUAGAAGGUAUGGCAGUGUAAAGAAUUUCUGUGGCGUUUCAAAUCAAGAGAAACUUUCGAUUAUUUUCUCGUUUAAUUAGGAUAAAUAUAGAAAAGGUAUAUAGAGACGUAGCUUUCCAGUCGUAGGAGAUGGUGGCAAUUCUCAUUUUACGGUUCAUUUGUGGACAAAUAUUGAAUGUAUGCUAAGUUAAAUAGCGAUACAAAUGAUGGCAAAUCAGAAGUCACGUCAAACAAUAUCAUCAAAGAAUAAUACCACUCAGUAAAAGCCGAAAGCUCUUGUUGGUAACAAAGAAGCAAUGAAAGACGGACGUCGUCGUCGUCGUCGUCGUCGUUGAAGGUGCAGCAUAUACAUACAUAUAUCGUAAUAGUGUAUACAAACAGGAAAUUAGAACAAGUGAAAAGAAUCAGUCACACGCAAAUAUAACCUACGCUAUAAAGCGGUGCCAUUAUUUAACCGAAGGUUGGAGGAGGUCGCGGCGUAAACUCAGUGCGUCCUUCACUAUGACACAGUGCUGCCUCCUCAGACGGCCCUGCAACGCUUACCGCACGAGCUGUCUUACCAUCGACGUGUCUACUAUAUUCGGCUGGGGUCCUUCCGUUUAACUAAGUAUGAACAUAAUUAUCCUACCUAUAAACUUUGCUGUCUCUACGUUUACGCGGGCAAUAUAUAUUCAAUUCAAAUUGGUAUGUUGACAACAGGUACGCUUUGUUUACUGUUUUUAACCGCAAUAAAAAUCGAAAAAUAUCGCA